AUGGAUAUUUCAGGGAAGAGUACACCUGUUAGAACACCGUCUAGGGCCAGCUCGCCGGUGAAGAUCAGUCAGUUGUUUAGACCGCGAAGCCUACGGAAGACCUUGGAACAGUUAGAAAGCACAUCUAACUAUAACCAUGUAACACAAGAGAAUACAGAUGGCGCCUGGUAUAUAACUUGUUCCCCUCGAAACAUUGACGAGGUAGCUUUGCAUAAAAGGAAGCUCGCUGAUGUGAAGGAGGCUUUCCUGUCAAUGCUCCAAAGUAACUCGAGUAUGCAAAGACCACGGAUAUUAUUAUUAACUGGACCAAGUGGAUGCUCUAAAAGUACAGUUAUUAAAUUACUGGCAGAGCAGUAUAUACCAAAUAUCAGGAAGGAGUAUCUAACGGCUGGACCGUAUAACUACUCCACGACAGAUAAUAGGAAGGUGAUAAACGAAUAUAAUAAUAAUAGUAAUUUAAUUGGGCAAUCCCAUAUGGAUAGCUUUGCAGAAUAUUUGAGACAUGCAAAGUAUUUGACGGGACGCAAUUUGUCAUUAAUGUUAGUUGAAGACUUACCGAACGUUACUCAUAAAGAAACUAGAAGAGAAUUUCAGAAACUUUUAUUACAAUGGUUGUAUAGUCCUGAAGCUUUACUACCACCUCUAAUAAUUUGUUUGACUGAAUGUGAACUUAAACCCGAAAACGAUAAUAAGAAUUUCAAUUAUAUCGGAACAGAUUACUUAUUUACAGCAGAGACUGUUUUGGGUCAACAAAUAUUAUCACAUCCAUUAUUAAAACGAAUAAAAUUUAAUCCUAUAAAUGCAACCCUGAUGAAAAAGCAUCUGAAUAUAGUGAGUCAUAUGAAUGCUGGCACACUUAAGAACAAUGGAAAAUGGAAUGAUGUUAGCGGUUAUAUUAGUGAUGUUGCAAAAAAUACAGGAGAUAUUAGAUCAGGUAUCUCAAACUUACAAUUUUGGGCUUGUAGCUCAUCUAAUAAUAAAAUCUCCUUCUUGAGAGAAAACAAUGUUUCAUACUUUCAUGCCAUUGGUAAAAUAAUUUACGGUUCCCGUGAGUUUGACAAUGAUAAUGACAUGAUAAAUAAUCUCAUUGCAUCAAAUACUGGUACAAUAUUUAAUGACAAUUUCAAAUUGGGUCUUUUUGAAAACUACGUCACGUACAAUAAAGGUGAUAUACCACUCACCACCGCAUUAUCAAUAACAGACACUUUUAGCCAGAAUGAUAAACUAGCGUAUGUACUGGAGUCACUCGAAUAUUUGAUUAGAAGUGUUAGAGACAAGUUGGGAGCAGUGAAAAGUGGUGAUGGUCUUUUACAUGGGAAAACAUAUUUUCCAAGAGAAGGGAAGAUAAGAAAAUUGCAGCAUGUUUUCAACUUCUCAAUGGAUGAUUACAAUCUUAUUAACUUCAAGAAAUACCAAUCAUAUGAGCAAUAUAAAACUAUCAAAUUACUUAUGGGUUAUUAUGGUCCGUAUAUCAGGAAAAAGAGAAACUAUAAGAAAAAAUCUUUGAAAUAUUUCCUUGACUCUAUGGAAAAAAAUUCUUCUGAAUAUAAAGCCAUAAUCAAUCAAAAUUUGGAGACGUUUAUGGUAAACGAAGAUAUAGAUAUUUUGGAGAGGAUUGGUGGUGAGCUGAAGACGGUGGAGACGGAACUGGAAUUGGCGGGAGGAGAUGACGAGGAAAGAGAGGAACUUACUUCGAUAAAUAGACUACAACAGGAGAGGCAAACUAAAAUGGCACUUCUACAAAAAGAAGAAGAUCAAAGUAAUGAAAUAGAUACAUUUGGUGGUGACGAAAUAUUGAACACUAACUUUGGAUUUGAGGAAAAUAUUGAGGAUUCAUCGGACAAUGAAACUGAAAAUAUCGAACUUGAUGAUGAUGCAGAUAACUCAUUGAUUGAGUUUUUAUCUCAGCAACCACCAAAAGUUGUAGAGAGAUCACAAGACAAAAUUGAUGAUAAUCUUUCUGAUUCGGAUCUUGAUGACCUAUAA